GAUCAUAAAGAAGCCAUAAAAUUGAAAUUAGGACGCCAAACUUGAAUUCUCCUUUAUUUCAAAAAAACCCCUGCUAAUAAAAAGAAGAAAAAAACGAAUUCUUUAUUUCCUACAUAUUCCUUGUGUCUUGUGAUGAUCCUAAAACCCAGAAAUAUUUAGCUACAAUCUCCGUAUUAUCUCUUCCACCGUUAACUUUCUGUACUUCUGGAGCUUUGUGCUUGCUUCUGGAGAAUUAACUCUCUGUUCUUCUUUCUGUAGACGACGUUGGAGCUCUAGAAAUGGAGAAAGGAAAGGUGAAUACAUAUUCUCCUGAUACAGUACUUGAGGACUUUUUGAGAACUGCAGAAUCUGGAUCAGACUCUUCAAAAGCCAGCACUUCAGAAUUUGAUGGCCCGAAAAUUCAAACAUCUGCUUCUCGAUGGACCGGUUUUCUCGAGCUAUUCAGAAGUAAAUCAAAAGGACACUUCGCCAAAGAUCCUCUAAUUAGUUCUCUCAAACUGUCCAAAAGAUUCAGCAGAAGCAUGAGAGAGACAAGUAGCAGCAGUGUCAUGCCAAAUCCCAUUCUUGAUAAUGGUUUGAGCUAUUUCAAACCUCAGUGGAAACUUUUUACCCUCUCUGAGCUCCAAACUGCAACCAACAAUUUUCACCAAGAAAAUUUGAUAGGAAAGGGUGGUUAUGCUGAAGUUCAUAAAGGGCGCUUGAGAAAUGGCCAAUAUAUCGCAGUUAAGCGGCUAAUGAGGGGACAACAAGAUGAGAGAAUAGGGGAUUUCUUAUCUGAGCUUGGGAUUAUGGCACAUAUCAACCAUCCAAACACUGCUAAAUUGAUUGGUUAUGCUGUUGAUGGUGGACUCUUUCUUGUUCUUGAGUUGUCUCCUUAUGGAAGCUUGGCCAAUAUGUUGCAUGCAUCAAAGCAGAAACUAGAAUGGAAAAUCAGGUAUAAAGUAGCCAUAGGAAUAGCUGAAGGGCUACUAUAUCUUCAUGAAGGUGGUCAAAGAAGGAUUAUCCACAGAGAUAUUAAAGCAGCAAAUAUAUUGCUCACGAAGGACCUUGAACCUCAGAUAUGUGAUUUUGGGCUUGCAAAAUGGCUACCAGAGCGAUGGACUCACCUCACUAUAUCAAAAUUUGAAGGAACAUUUGGGUAUCUUGCUCCGGAGUUCUUGAUGCAUGGCAUAGUAGAUGAAAAAACUGAUGUUUUUGCUUUCGGAGUGCUAUUAUUGGAACUUAUCACUGGACGUAGAGCCCUUGAUUAUUCACAACAAAGCCUCGUCAUUUGGGCUAAACCUUUGCUGAAGAAGAACAGAAUUAGAGAGCUCGUCGAUCCUUCACUUGCUGAUGACUAUAACUUACUACAGAUUAACCUCAUGGUUUUAGCUGCUUCUUUGUGUGUGCAACAGUCUUCAAUAAGACGACCUCGAAUAAAUCAGAUUUUGCUGCUUCUAAAAGGCAACAGUAAAAGCCUGGAUUUAAUCAGGAGAUGUAGGAAACCUUCCCAUUGGAAGAGGUAUUAUGAAGAACUCUUUAAUGCAGAAGAAAGCAAAAUGAGUAGAGGCUUAAGUGGUUUGAGUCUGCAGGAACAGAUAGCAUUGGAAUUCUGAGACAGUGAGAUGGAUUUGGCUUAAGGCUCAAUACAUUUGUCGAAACAGACAAGAUUGGAAAUGCGAAGGUGGGAUUCAGUUGAUUUCUCCCUCGUGAUUAUUGGUAUUACAUGAAGUUGCUGACUGCAUCAAGGCUUAUGUUGGUACCAGAGGCGAAUUUAGGGCAAGUUGAUUCGAAUCGAACUCUCUCUCUAUAUAUAUAUGGAAAAGUAAUUAAAAUAGGUGUAUACGUAUAAUAAGAUCACACUCAUUGUGAACU